AUGUCCGGCGCAUGCGCAGAGACAGGGCGGCGGAAUCGUGGCUCCAGUCCGUUAGCAUCCCGAGCUAGCGGAUCGCAGCCUUCUGCGCAACGGGGCUGACGAACAAGGCGACUCGGCGUCCAGAUAAAGCCGACUUCAAGUGACCCCGCCUAAUCCAAAGCUAACCAUUAUCCCUCCAUGGUGCCCGAUGAAGGGAGAUAGCGUUAAUAACCACGCACCGUCGCCGUAAUUAGCCGCCGAGCGCGAUACAGGCGAAGACUGCAACUGCGAAGUGUCUCUUCCGGAGCGUCGUUCAAAUUCGCGUCUGCCUUUUUUGGGGGGAUAUUUAGGGCGCACUCGACACAUAUUUGUGGUCGCGAUGAGGCUGGGGGCUCGCGGACAACGUGCGAUGGACGCCGACGGGAAGAAGCUGGACCGAGCGCCUCCGUUCAGAAACCCUUUUGUACACGUCUUGAAAUUCACCGCCAUGGAAAAGGCCAAGAUAGCAGUUAUGACAGUCACGCUAUUCCCCAUCCGUCUACUCGUAGCUGCAUCUAUGAUGCUGCUGGCUUGGCCUUUUGCGUUUCUGGCCUCAGCGGGACACUCUGAGACUGCUGUCGAACCGCAGUGCCUCUGGAGGAGACUGGUUGACAUCAUUUUGAAGAUCAUCAUGCGGGUCAUGUGGUUUGCGGGCGGCUUCCAUUGGAUAACUGUUAAAGGGCAGCGGGCGUUGCCCACCGAAGCACCCAUUCUCACUCUGGCGCCCCACUCUUCCUACUUUGAUGCUAUACCAGUCACCAUGACAAUGGCCUCCAUUGUCAUGAAAGCAGAGAGCAAGGAUAUACCCGUGUGGGGAACUUUAAUAAAGUACAUCAGGCCAGUGUUUGUAUCAAGAUCAGACCAGGACUCGAGAAAGAAGACUGUGGAAGAGAUCAAACGCAGAGCCCACUCUGGAGGGGAAUGGCCACAGAUAAUGAUUUUUCCAGAGGGCACCUGCACAAAUCGAUCCUGCCUAAUCACCUUUAAGCCAGGGGCCUUCAUCCCAGCUGUACCAGUGCAGCCAGUUGUGAUGCGAUACCCAAACAAACUGGACACAAUCACUUGGACGUGGCAAGGGCCUGGAGCGUUUAAGAUCUUGUGGCUGACACUAUGCCAGCUACACAACGUGUUUGAAAUAGAGUUCCUUCCAAUCUACACUCCCUCUGAGGAAGAGAAAAGGAAUCCUGUUCUGUUUGCUGUCAACGUGAGGCAUGUCAUGGCCAAAGCCCUGGGGGUCCCCAUCACAGAUUAUUCAUUUGAGGACUGCCAGUUGGCAAUGGCAGAAGGCCAGUUAAGACUGCCAGUUGACACCUGCCUGUUGGAGUUUUCCAAACUUGUCAGGAGGCUGGGGCUUAAACCCCAAAACCCCGAAAAGGUUCUUCAGGAUUAUGGGAACAGAUCCAGAAAGCUGCAAGGACAGAAGCUGUGCUUUGAUGACUUUGCUCAGUUCUUGGAUGUGCCCGUUUCAGAUAUGUUACAAGACACAUUUGCCCUUUUUGAUGAGCAUGAAGAUAACAGCGUGGAUAUCAGAGAAUAUGUGGUAGCCUUAUCUGUUGUAUGCAGGCCUUCCAAAACUCUGGAAACACUGAAAUUGGCCUUCAAGAUGUUUGAGGCCGAGGAGGAUGGCGCUAUCACAGAGCCCGAGUUGGCAGUUAUUCUCAAGACCGCUUUGGGAGUGAGUCACCUCAGUGUCACCUGCUUGUUUGCUGCCAUUGAUAGUGAAGGCGCGGGAAAGAUCACAUUCGAGAAUUUCCAGAGCUUUGUGGAAGAACAUAGUGACUUGGGAGAGGAGUACCUGUACCCGAAAAAUUCUGGCCUCCUCAGUGGUACCUGCCAACACCAACAAACAACUUUUCACAACGUGCAUGACACUGCCAACAGCAAAAUAACUAACGGCUUCUGCCCCGACUUCAGCCCCAAUGAUCAUGACAGCACAGUACACGGACUCCUCAAGAAACACAAUUGAAAGAGUUGAGGGUGCGGUUGUGGAACAACAAGCAUCUCUCCUGGCGAGAGGUUGUGAUGUGGCGCAUGCUUGAUAGACGGUUGCAUUUUUUUAACUGAAAGGGACUAUAUUUCAGUCACUACAAAUGAGAUGUUUACCUUACCUUUUUGCUAGCGUUGUGUUCACAUAGUUUUCGUAAGUAGGGUUCUACAUGAUAGCUGUUUUAUGUAUAUUAAUUACAAUUAUUUUUCAUAGUCAGGGUUGUCAAAAGGCAAACUUUGGCUGUUUCAAAUACAAUGCAUAAAUACUUGAAGGGCACUUAUUAAAGGUCAGGGCGUUGGUUUUUUUUGGUUUUGUUUUUUUUUUCUCUGCUGAAUUUUUGAAUAGACUGUGCAUGUUUAAAGUGAGUGGAAAUCAAGCCUUGACAAUGGAAGUGACACAUUUUGGUCAAAUAUUGAGUUUCACAUUUUUAUUUCUGUUAUUUUUUUGUGUGUGUUUUUUUUAAUUGGUAGCUGCCUUUGGCGAGAGAGUGUGGACAUGGAAUUUUGUGCAGUAUUGAGAAGUAUUUACAUGACAAAGGUCCACUCGAGUAUACCAGUGACAAUUGUACCACUUGAAGCAAUUUUUCUGCAUCAAGCCAAAUUUGAGGUGUACUCUGACCUUUUGAGUUGAUUACAUUUUUGCUACGAGUUUGUUAUAUACAUAUAUUUAUACAAUAAUUUUGUUUUAGCUCAGGGUUCAGUAACACAACAGACAAAUAUACUUGUAUGAUGUCAUAAUUUUUGACUCUGGGUUCUGUGCAUGUCUUUUCUUUGUACGACAUCAGAACUGGUCUGCCCAAUCACUCCCUCAUUUAUUCAAGUGUCUUUUUUUAUUUUUUGAAAAGACACAAUGUGGACCAAAAAUGUGUUUGGUGAUUAUGUCACCUGUUAUGUCUGUAUUGUCCCUUUUAGUCAGUGGUGUAAUGGCUUUAAAAGGGGGAAGGGGGCAGGGAUGUGACCAUUGAAAGCACAUUUUGUUUUGGUGGAUUUCCUUUUCUUUUUUUUUUUUUUUUUUUUUUUUUUUUUUUAAAGGACGUCAUUCCAAAUUCCCUUUCUGCCUUACAUUGCCAUACAGUUUGACCAUUCCUAUUAAAUACAGAAUAUUAAUAGCUUCAAUUGCUUGAAAAAAAAAUAUGCUAGUAGUCGUAUUUUUGUAUAAAUUCUCAGUACACUAUAGGCUAGUACAACGACCAUAUUUGGAACCAGCCUGAAACUUCACAAAGCAUGAUGCAAUGAUACUAGUUUCAAUCGUUGCCCAAAAAUGGAAACAAAUUUUGUAUUUAUGCUAUUCUUGUUUAAAAUAUAAAAGGGAUAUUACCAACUCUGUUGGAGGGGGGGUAAUUGCUUUUUCAUUAGCAUAUCCUUUUAAAAAAAAAAAAAGUGUUUUCCCCUUGUAGAUUAUAUACCACUGAAGACUAUGCUUGCAUGUUCCUGUUAAGACUUUCACUAAAGCAAUAUUCCACUUUUUUUUCAGCCUUUCAAAGAGUUCUGUUAUGUAUUUUGAAUAUUCCAAAUGCAGGACAUUUUGUGAAUGUUUGAUAUACGUGUAUGUCUAUAUAUAUAUAUAUAUAUAUAUAUAUUUUUUUUUUUUAAUACUGCCGCAGAUUGUAUUGUUGACGAAAAUGAGCCACAUUUUCUUUUUUCUUCAUGUGAUACUACAACUUAAUGCUGUAUUUUUCAACCACAAUGUGAUGUCCAAUUAUUUUAUUCCUUCUAUUGCUAAGUUGAUUGCUCCCAACCUAAAUUCUGAUUUUUGUAGAGAAACCGAUAGCCUUGAAUAUAAUUUUAAUGCUUGAUAAGAGAAUGUAUUGACAAUCUUGUCACAAUCAGAAGCAAAGCAAACUGAAGUUUUGGUUAAAUUGUUUUUUUUUACACUUUUUAUCCUCCUUAUACCUUUUUUUUUUGUUGUUGAACUGGCGUGCAUAAAAGUCGACUGGCUUUGAGUGUAGGAAUGUGUCGCGCCUUGAGGUGACGUCUGCACCGCAUGACAGGCCGCAAGACGCAACCAAACCCUCCAGAUCGUACGCAUAUUCAAAUGAAGUUUUGAUUUUGAGUCACAAUGCUUUUGAUAUGGCUUUGUGUUUUAUUUCUCUCGAGUAUUUGUGCUUGCACUUUAGUUCUGUUUAUUUUGUAAAGAAAGUUCACAGAUAAAGCAUGUUAAGUUUGUUUACUUUUUUAAUCACAAUAGUCUAUCCAUUGUAGAUUUAGACGAAGCAGCACCGAUUCCCUUAUUUUAGACCAAUUUUGGGUUAUUUGAAUGCCUCAAGUACAACUUUUAGACUGACUUUUCUGCUUCGUCUUGGAACAAACACUUAUAGCAUGAGAAUGAAUGACUUUGCAAACUUGGAAACAUCUAUUAGGUUUGAAUGAGUAAGAAAUGUUUGCACCACACAGUGGAAAUGUAUUUGUCAACAGGUGUUUAAGUAGACAAUUUCCAUGUAAAUGUGAAGGAAACAAUAUUUUGUACAUCCAGAGAGGAAACGUGACUAUGAAAUACUACUCAAACACAAUGGCAAGGACUUGACCUUGAAUCGAAUGUUUUUAAAUCACACCAAGUACCCCCUUUUUUUUUAUAUACUUACAAAACUGUUCAUUUGGAUCGCAAAAGAACGGUAUUAUUGAGUACAUGUGUUUUUCUGUAUUUACACCUGUAACAGUUCCUGUAUACAUUCACCGUUUUAUUCCUGAAUUUUCCAUCUUGCCGUUCUGAAUAUUCAUGCUGCUCGCUAAACACAGUUUGCCCAUCAUUGAGCUGAAGAAGAAAGAUGUUGUGUACUCUUGACAGAGUGAUAUUGUCUUUCUGAUGGUUCACUGCUGGUGGACUAAACAACUGUUUCCUCUGUAGCUUUACAUCACCUCUUUUUUUGUACUCAAGUUUUAUUUUAGAAAUGCGUUUUGAUGAGUCAUUAUUGCAAGCUACUUUGCAUUUGUCUAUUAAGGACUGCUAUGAUGUAACUUGUUAAUGUGACUUGGAUUUAAUUAAAAAAAAAAUAAGCUA